AUGCCUCGGAACCCCAGCAACGAUGCUGCAUGCUGGACAUGUCGACUUCGUCGGAAGAGAUGUGAUAGGGCGAGUCCAGAAUGUGGAAGCUGUCUCGACUUGGCUAUUCGAUGCCACAGGGGCUCCCAGAAGCCUGAAUGGAUGGACGGUGGACCACGCCAGAAGGCCAUGGGUGGAAAAAUCAAGAAAUUGAUUAGACUUGGUGCAAACGCCAGACGCGCGAAGGGCGACCUACCAUUUCACGUCACUUCACAGCAAGACUACAGUUCUCAGCCUGGUUUGCCGGAGGUUCCUUUAAUCUCUGAGUCCUAUACACUUGGAGAUCAAUUGGGACCAUCUGGCCAGCAUGUAUCGAAAUCAAGUUCCUCAAUUUCCCCAAAUGAGGGCUUUUCACGAACCUCGCCUGGAUUUAAUGAGCAGGCGGAAAGUAUCCACGCAGGGGAACGGUUGGCGGCGCUGGGCCCUGCUUGGGAGCAAGACUUCACCAUGAUAUUUAUCGAUUUCGUCUUCCCGCUGUUGUUUCCAUUCUAUCGACCACCCGCUGUGGCAACUAGCAGGGCCUGGUUGCUAUCCUUUGUCAAGCAAAAUAGAGCCACAACCCAUGCUGUAUUGAGCUUGAGUUCAUUCUUUUUCACCUUCGGCUUGGCAGAUGUCUUCCCCGGGAAACAUGACGCAUGUAGGUAUACCAUGUGGGGACAAGUAGUUGACCAGGCCCGUAUGGCGUUCGGAAUGCUAAACGUGGACUUGGCCUCGAUGACGGAGGGUGGUCGCCAGCCAGCAAUACUAGAGAGGGCGCGGGUGAUGGCAACUAUCGUCCAUCUGAUGAUAUUCGAUCUUUUCGUGGGACGGACAUCGGAUUGGGAGGUCCAUCUUGCGCCUGCACUGCUAAUAUUUCAGGAUAUUGCCAACAAUGUGGGACUAGGAUCUAAUGAGGAGGUCGGAAUAUCCGCUAUUCUAGAUGCCAUGAACUGGCCCCGGCCAUAUUUCCCCGGCUUCCAGCUUCAGCUCUGGAACCCGGACCAGGCAAAUUUUCGAUUCUUUUCAGCGCUGCUUAUUGUGAUCGAUAUCCUAGCUAGCACGUCACUCCGAAGAGAGCCGCGUCUAAGCCAUCUUCACGGCAAGCUGUUAGGAACUUUGCCACCUGAAGAGAUAGACCAGCAUUUGGACCUCUUUUCAUUUGUUGGCUGCCAGAACUGGGUUCUCCUUGCCAUUGGGAAUAUCGCCGCUUUGGAAGCUAGAAAGAGGGACGAGUUAAUGAACUAUGCCUUUGAUCAAGAGGAAUUUGACAUGCGAGCAAGUGAAAUACACAAGUCACUAGAAACCGGCCUUAAAUCUAUCGCUAAUGGCGCACAAUUGAUCCCUAUUCGCGGCUCCUCCUUUUGGUAUCAGCCUGGACAUACCCCCCUUGAAGGAAUUCGUUCUCUUGUGCCAACAAGAAUAUACGCCCAUGCUGCGCUCAUUUACCUUCAAGCAGUUAUUGAAGGCCCCAAUUUGGAGAUCAGCUCAAUAAAUUUGCACACGAAUUCAAUCGCACGGUUGUUACGAGAGCUGCAUGACCCGAGCCAAAUACGCACACUUGCUUGGCCAAUCUGCAUCGCGGGUUGCUUUUCUUGGGUUGAAGAAGAACAAACAUGCUUCCAAAAGGUUCUUGCUUCCGUGGGAGAUAUUCAAUCGAGGAGCGCCGCUCUGGAGGCGAGCAAUAUAAUGAAGAAAGUAUGGAGUUGUCGAGAUAACGAGGGAUCUUACAGGUGGGACGCCGCCGCCUGUCUUGGAGCUAUGGGUUAUCCGGCGCUUCUUUUCUAA